AUGUCUUUCAGUGUUUACACGGCCGAAUAUCUUGGUGCACCUAACCAUGAAGCCAUUUACAUUGAAAUCAACCCCACCGCCCCCCAAAUGUCUGAAAGAGGACGUCUCUAUCAUGUCACUGGGAAUUUACUCCAGGGUAUGAGAUACGACCCAAGAGGUUCCUUUGACCGUGAGCUCUCGGCGUCUUAUGUUCCAGACACAAAGAAAAUCAUUGGAUCCAUUGCACACACAGAUUUGCCCAGAUUCGAGACGGAGUGUUGCAGAGCAGUCGAGGCGCCUCGAGCCCAGUUGACGCUUGGGGGCAAACAAUUGUAUCCUGGUACACCACUUUAUCGUUGUGGAGACUGGUUGCGAGAUGUUCAGAAAUUGGCAUUUGAAAAGGGCAUCUUAAAGCGGUAG